GCAAAAUGGCGUCGCACAUGAUGAUGGCGAAUAAAGAUUUUCUUUUCUUUGCCUUAAGACCUCGGCGUGCUUGGCGGGCCUGGCUCCUGACCACUCCUGCGGCUCCUGCGGCUCUUAGGGAUUCGGCGCACUGCCCAAGGUCUUGAGCAUGGAGGAUGCAGAGUUUUCGAAGCCCCUGCACAUCCAGCGUCUAGAACAGGCACUCAAGCUUGACCCAUUUCUCAACUAUGUGGAACAGGUCAUCAACCAGCCUGUCAGUGACGACACUGCAUCAGAAUCAGACGUAGAAGGAAGUAUAUCCUUGAAGAAUGGCAUAUCGCGAACAAAAGAUGAGAGAGAAAAUGACAAAUCACACCUAUACAACUUUUUGGGCGUUCGUCGCAAAAGACAAUGGCUGAAGGACGUACUGGUGUCGUCGUCCUCAUCCUCCUCUGAGACAGAGAAUGACACAGAUGAUGAGGAUGGCCCAGAGCUCACGCCUGCUGACCUGGAGAACAUGCUCAGGGAACACCGCCUCCGCAAGCAUCACCAGUCACACUUUUACCAGAAUGAAGAGAAUCGAGGCUACCUAUACUACAGUGCUGGCCUGCUCUCGCGUGUUGACAAAUACCCAGAACACCAGCGGUUCAUGGCUGGGUCAAGGAGAAAAAAGAACAAGGAGAAAAAGGAGAAAGAGAAGCUAAAAAAGAAGCUAAAGAAAGAAGAGGAGGAGGAUGAACUUGAUGCGGAUAAUGAGGACAGCUUGCACAGCUUCCCCGAUGACGCUUCCGAUGACCUCUCCAUACCUGUGAAGGGACGAGGGAGGGGCAGCAAGAAGGAUAAGAAGCCCAAGAAACUGGAUGCGCAGGCCCUGACCAUGCGCAGACACAAGUUAUGGGUGCUGAUGGCCAAAAAGGAGGUGGGCCGUUGCCAGAAAUCCAAGGCCUCUUUCCGCAAGGAGGUACUCCAGAACUGCAAGCGCAUGGCCACAGGGUGUAUGCGUGUGUGUAGACAGAAGGCCUUACAGAGCCAGAAAACGGUUAAAGACAAAGUGUGGAUGCUGAAGCGACUCACAAGAACUAUGCAAGGAGAAUGGAAGAAGUUUGACCGCAUCUUGAAGGAGCAGAACAGAAGAGCUGAGAGGGAGGCAGAGGAACAGCGCAAAAUGGACAAGGAAAUCCUGGAGGUAAAGAGACAACAACGCAAGGUCAACUUCCUCAUCACACUGCCAGAGCUCUAUGCUCACUUCAUGAAGAACAAGAUGGGCUCAGCUUCCAUGGACGAUGAGGACACGAGCAACAUCCUCAAGCAGCUGGAGGACGAUGGGCCCAUGCCUUCUUCUUCCUCUAUGGAUGAUUACGAUUGUGAGGCCAUGAAGGCUCAAGCACUGAAGACGGCACAGGAGGCGUAUUCCACACAGCAGGCACGACUCAGUAUGUUCUCAGGCAUGGACGGUGAGAGCAUGCUCAACGUGGGGGGAUCGAAGGAGGCCAAGGAGCACCCGCAGCCCAUCAUCUUCAAGGGCAUUCUCAAGAGUUACCAGAUGAAGGGCAUGAACUGGCUGGCUAAUCUCUAUUACUUUGGCAUUAAUGGUAUCCUUGCAGACGAGAUGGGGCUGGGCAAGACAGUACAAUCAGUUGCCUUCCUUGCACACAUUUGCGAACAGUACGAUACAUGGGGCCCCUUCUUGAUUAUCACCCCUGCAUCAACCCUUCACAAUUGGACAGGAGAAAUAGCCAGAUUUGUGCCAGAUUUCCAAGUGGUGCCAUACUGGGGCAACCCUGAGGAGCGCAAGAACCUCCGCAAGUUCUUCGACGGGAAGAACCUUGGUACAAGGGAGGCUAGCUUCCACGUGGUUGUCACAAGCUACCAGAUCGUCAUCCAGGACUUUAGGUUCCUCAACCGCCUCAAGUGGAAUUACAUGGUCCUUGAUGAGGCUCAGGCCAUCAAGAGCAUCAACAGCCAGAGAUGGAAGCUCCUUCUGGGCUUCAGCUGCCGCAACCGACUGCUACUCUCAGGAACUCCCAUCCAAAACAGCAUGGCAGAACUGUGGGCUCUCCUUCACUUUAUCAUGCCUUCCCUGUUCGACUCUCACCUGUGGUUCAAUGAGUGGUUCAGCAAGGAUAUUGAAGGCCACGUAGAGAACAAAACACACGUGGACGAGAAGCACUUGAAUCGACUCCACAUGAUUCUCAAGCCAUUCAUGUUGAGAAGAGUAAAAACAGAGGUCGAGAAUGAGCUUUCAGACAAGAUUGAGAUCAUGAUGUACUGCCCACUUACCCUAAGGCAGAAGUUUCUCUACAAUGGCCUCAAGAACAAAAUCAGCAUCGACGAACUCCUACGUUCCUCUAUGGGUCCCUCAUCACAGCAAACAUCAGUCACCUCGUCACUCAUGAAUCUUGUCAUGCAGUUUAGGAAGGUGUGCAACCACCCUGAACUCCUAGAGAGACGAGAAGUGCGCUCCCCCUACACAAUGCAGCCUGAGCCUUACUACAUGCCUAAGUUGGUGUUCAGGGAUGUGUACCUCGUCCGAGACAACCCCAGUCAACACCACAUGCUCUAUAACAAGCUGUCAGUGUUCAGUCCACACUAUAUACAUUCUAGUUUGAAGGAAGAAGGGAAAUCAAACCGGUGUUUUUCAUUCCUCCGGUUCAUUGAUUUGAGUCCCUGUGAAGUCCAGACCUUCAAGAAAGAUCACCUGUUAACUCAGCGAUGGCUCAUUCUGCUGGCAGCAAUGCAGUAUGAGAAGAUUCGGCAGCAUCGCAGCACCUGGCAGGAGAAAGACAAGCGAUCAAGUCCAAGCCUCGUGCCUGCGCGGAAGGACCACCUCAUAGUAGAUGGUAAUUUGUGCCCGGCAAGAAUAGCAUCGAGUAGAGUGCUCUCCAACCUCAUCUUUACCUCGAACACAUCCUCAGUUUAUACCUUCAGAGAUCAUGUGAUUCACCACAUGCCUGAGACGAUGAGUCAUAGAAUAAUGAGAUCGAAGAAAAUGAAGCCCCCGCUGAUAGAGGUCUUGUCAGAAGCCACGGAGGGAGCAGGAGCAACAGGUGAGGAGGCCAAGGCGACCGACACCCCAGAGCAAGUAACCCCGAAGGACGAAUCCGCCAACCCCUCUCAGCCCACUACUGGGGAGAAGUCCUCCCCUCCCAAGCCAGCCCACCUGGCUAAGCUUGGGAGUCCUCAAAAGGCGGGCGGUGGCUCAUCAUCCAAGUCCUCCCACAGGAGAUCGGGAGCGGGUUCCAAACACGGCUCCAAGAAGCACGGGAGCAAGAAAGACCUCGGAGGCCUCGGCGGUCUCGGCGGUCUCGGCGGUCUGGGCGGUCUGGGCGGUCUGGGCGGUCUCGGCGGUCUCGGCGGUCUCGGGGGGCUGGUCAACGGCCCGGAAUGCCUAGGCGAGGAGCUGAACCUGCUGCCGGAGGUGCCUCACGUGGAGCGGCCGAAGGAGGUGCGCCGCUGCCUGCCCACGCUGCUGCCGCCCUUCCUCAUGCACACCUGCGCCAAGGCCCAGUGCGUGGAGAAGGAGAUCGUGUGCCACGACCGGAGCGCCGCGUGGUGGCGUGUGCGGGCGGCGCGGACGGACUGCGAGGAGGACGUGCCGAUCCUUCUCUAUGGCUCGCCGAAGCUGGCGGUGGAGUGGCAGGAGCGCCGGAAUCGCCUCAUGCAAGUGGAGGUGGGCGGGCUGAGGGCGAGCUACCCGAGGCUGGGCUGGAGCCACGUCCUCAUUCCAGACAAGCACUCCCUCAUCAUGGACGCCGGCAAGCUGUACGUCCUGGACACUCUCCUGUCGCGGCUGAAGGCGGAGGGACACCGCGUGCUCAUCUACUCGCAGAUGACCAAGAUGAUCGAUUUGUUGGAGCCCAUGGAACCCCUGUUUAUGUAG